UGUUUUUUUUAAUAAAAUUAAAGAAACAUUAUUUCAUUGGUUGAAACAGAUGAGUGGAUUGGGUUAAGAAGCAAAAGAAUUCGCUAUCGCUGGGACAGUUUUUGUUUGACAGCACAGCACUCGGAAAUUUCUGGCGAUCUCUGCGUUUUCCCCUAUUUUUUCUGAAUCUAACAACAAACAUUCCUCUGGCAACAAUCAUCACUAUUAAUAAGAGUUCCUUCCUUCACUCUCACCCAAGCCAAAGAAAGGAACAAGAACAAGACCAACAAAGUAACGUGAAAGAGAAAGAGAUGGAGGCGAUUGUUCCAGUGGUGGAUUUCCAGAGGCUUUCAGAGGAAGAGGAGCGCAAGAAGCUGAGAAAAACAUGUGAGAAACCAGGGUGUUUCAGAAUCAUCAACCACUCAAUUCCACUAACACUCAUGGCUGACAUGAAGUCAGUGGUUAAAUACUUGCAUGACCUUCCCACGGAAAUCAAAAUGCGCAACAAACCCUCCGUCCCUGAGAGUGGCUAUAGGGCGGCAUCGCCAACAAGUCCUCUAUACGAGGGCAUGGGAAUAUAUGACAUGCAUGCAUCACCACAAGCAUUUGAAGAUUUCUGCUCCAACUUGAAUGUGUCACCCCGUCACAGGCAAAUAAUAAAGGAAUAUGGUCAAGCAAUUCAUGACUUGGCAUCAAAUUUAUCACAAAAAAUGGCUGAGUCUUUGGGUAUAAUGGAUAAUGAUUUCAAGGACUGGCCAUUCAUUUUGAGGACUAUUAAAUAUAGUUUUACCCCAGAUGUUAUAGGCUCCACGGGAGCACAAUUGCACUCAGAUACAGGAUUUAUCACUCUACUUCAAGAUGAUGAACAUGUUAGUGGUCUUGAGAUGAUGGAUGAUUUUGGCUCAUUUAAGGCAGUUCCUCCCAUACCAGGGGCCUUCCUUUGCAUUGUUGGAGAUGUUGGACAUGUUUGGAGCAAUGGAAAAUUUUGGAAUGCCAGACAUCGUGUAAUAUGCAAGGAAACGGGUACUCGUUAUUCAUUUGGUGCAUUUAUGUUAUCACCAAGGGAUGGUAAUGUUGAGGCCCCAAAAAAAUUGGUGGAAGUUGACCAUGUACAACGCUAUCGACCAUUUAAGUACGAAGAUUUGAGGGAUUUCAGAAUCACCACAGGAAAGAGGGAUGGCGAAGUCCUUGAUCAAUAUCGCAUUUGUUAGUCAUUUUAUGCAUCGAAAUACAUCGCCAAUAGAACUUUAUUUUGAAAAAUAAGUUGGCGAUAAAAUAAAUGUUGCAUCCAUUCUAAAUAAUUUAAAUAGUUUGGUGUCCUUGUUCGUUCAUGAAUCCUAAUUCGUCGUGUUUUAAUUUGGAUCAUGUUAUUGUAUUUUGUUCUAGUUGAGUUGUGUUACUAUUGAUAUGCUUGCUGUAGACCAAGGAAAGUCUAUAUAUGCAGCAGGUUAUGUGAUGAAUUUGAGUGUGAUCAUUAAAGUUGCCA